AUGGCAUCCGUAUUCCGUCCCGGCGCCCUCGCCCUGAUCACAGGCUCUGCCUCAGGGGUAGGGUUCGCCUUUGCUCAACACUGCCGUCGGCAGGGCAUGCACCUUGCUCUCAUUGACAACAACGCCAGUGCCCUCCAGAAAGCAUCUCAAGUGCUUUCGACGACCCGCAGCACCGACAAACUCCAAACGCUGACUUACGAUAUGGACGUCUCUGACAUUUCAGCCUGGUCCAAAGUCAAAUCGGAACUGUCUUCGAAAUUCUCGAACAUCGACCUCCUCAUGCUGAAUGCCGGCAUGUCUAUUCGCACGUCCGAACCAUGGUCGGACCCCGAGUACUUCCACCAGACAUUCAGCGUCAACUUCUUCGGCAUCGUACACGGCUUGACCACGUUCCUGCCAAUGGUUCAAAGUGCUUCGGGCCCGUCUGCCAUCGUCCUCACGGGAUCCAAACAGGGUAUCACCAACCCGCCUGGCAACCCGGCUUACAAUGCCACAAAGUCCGCCGUCAAGACCGUGGCCGAACAACUCGCGUACGAUCUGCGGACCGAGUCGUCGUCGAUAUACGCUCCCCAGGUCUCGGUCCAUCUACUUGUGCCCGGGUGGACGUUUACUGGACUCAGUGGCAACCAAGGCCCCGUGCCGGACGAAGAGGCACUGGCUAAGAAACCUCAUGGUGCGUGGCUGGCCAGUCAAGUGUGCGAGUACGGGGUCAAGAAGAUGGCCGAGGGGAAGUUCUACAUUAUCUGUCCGGAUACAGAUGUCGACGAGGCACUCGACCAGGCCAGAAUGACAUGGGGUGCUGGGGACGUGGUCGAGGGACGUAGUGCGCUGAGCAGAUGGGACGACAAGUACAAGAACGAGGCUGCGGAUUGGAUUUCGAAGGAAGCUAGUAGGAGGCGAGGAGGGCAGUAG